CUCGUCGACCAAUCAGAUGCUUCGCUCGGCGCAUUGGUACAAUCAAAUUCGAAGAUUUUAACACUGAUGUGAUCUGCUGAUGAUGAAAGUUGGACUUUUUGUUAAUCUAAACUUUGUGAGAAGAUGGAUAACAAGGAGGAAUCCCAGAGUUGUUCAGUGAGUGUCCUGACCUGGGACCAGGUGAGCCGGCUGAAUGAAGUUCUGACGGAGGUUGUGCCUGUUCAUGGACGGGGGAACUUCCCUACCUUAGAGGUGCGGCUGAAAGACAUUGUGGCCCGGGUGCGCUCCCGCCUAGAGCUGAGUGGCAUCAGAGUAAAGGACGUACGGCUCAACGGCUCCACGGCCAGCCACGUACUGGUGCAGGAUAUCGGCUGGAGCUACAAGGAUCUGGACGUCAUCUUCAGGGUGGACCUGCCGCACGAGGCGGAGUUCAGGCUCAUCAAGGACGUGGUGCUAGGUACCCUGCUGGACUUUCUACCUGAAGGUGUGAACAAAGAGAAAAUUACACCCAUGACUCUCAAAGAGGCUUACGUCCAGAAGCUGGUGAAGGUCAACACGGAGCAGGACCGCUGGAGCCUCAUCUCCCUCUCCAACAACAACGGCCGCAAUGUGGAGCUGAAGUUUGUGGACUCAAUACGGCGGCAGUUUGAGUUCAGUGUGGACUCCUUUCAGAUUGUGCUGGACUCCAUGCUUUCCUACUACGAGCUGGCACAGACGCCCAUGUCACAGGCCUUUCACCCCACUGUGAAUGGGGAGAGCGUGUACGGGGACUUCAGCAUGGCGCUGAGCCACCUGCGGAACAAGCUCAUCGCCACCAAGCGGCCUGAGGAGAUCCGAGGUGGCGGCUUGCUGAAAUACUGCAAUCUGCUGGUGCGGGACUUUCGGCCCGCCAGCGAGGAGGAGUUCAAGGCCCUCGAGCGGUACAUGUGUUCCCGCUUCUUCAUCGACUUCCCUGACAUCGGUGAGCAGCAGCGCAAGGUGGAGGCCUACCUCCAGAGCCACUUUAUAGGUGAGGAGAAGAGCAAGUACGACUACCUCAUGAUCCUGCGCCGAGUGGUCAACGAGAGCACGGUGUGCCUCAUGGGCCACGAGCGGCGGCAGACCCUCCACCUCAUCUCGCUGAUGGCCUUCCGAGUGCUGGCAGAGCAGAACGCCAUCCCUGAUGCGUCCUGUGUCACCUGCUACUAUCAGCCAGCGCCCUAUGUCCGAGACCACAACUUCAGCAACUACUAUGUGGCUAACCAGAACAUUCCAACAUGGCUGCCAUGUAACUGACAGAAGGAAAACAAGUGGACGGAUGUACAAGAGGGCACCACCACUGCUGCUGCUGCUUUUGAGAAAAGAGAAGGAAUAAAAUAAAAAUCCCCCCAAAAAAAAAAAUUAUUAUUGAGGCAAUAAAUGCUAUGUUCCUCUCAAGGCACAAUUAUAUUUAAGUGGACAAGUGUUUUGCUUUUGUUUUUUUGUGUUUGUUUUUUUGGAAUCCUUUCUCAUUCCUUAGCUACAGAGAUGUCUAGGUCAUUGAAUAGAAAGUGAUAUUUUUAAGUGUUUAGAUUUUUUUUUCCUCAUGUUUUUUUUCCCUGUUUAUCAGAGUUGUGUUUUGUGCCUUAACCUCCCAGUUGACCCCACCCACCCAAUAAUUUAAGUAUGGGCUAUUUUUUUUGAAGAAGGGGAAGCAGAAAAUGUAGCCUUGAAUUUGGUUUUGUCCUGUGAUUAGUAAAAGUUAAAAAAAAAAAAUUAAAAAAAAAAUUAAAAUCUUGAAAAAUAGUAUUAUUGGGGAAAGGGGUAAUAUAUAAUAGGUGAUGACCCAAACAAAAAAAUCAGUGUUAAAAAGUUUUGUUCACUGGGGAGGUUAGAAAGGUGGUACACUAAUAACUUUGUUCACAUCAGAAAUGAAGGGGAAGCGAGAGGAGUCCAUUUGUUUUAAUUCAUUUUGACAUGUAAAUAUCUCUCACAGACAUUUGUGGUCUCCUUAAUAUGCCAGCAGUGCCUGUGAUUUGAAAUCAAUGCAAGAGAAAAUGUGUCUAUUUUUAUUUUCCACUGUGAAUUUCAGUGUAGGACGAGCUCCCCUCCUUCCCCUUUUAUCCAGUUUACUCAGCCCUGUACUUUUCAGUCGAGACUGGAAAUCUGCAGAGAGACAGUUUAGGCCUCAGAUAGACGGGCUCCUGUGUGUCUGAGGAGUUUACGUUCCCCUGUGUUUUAAGUCCCUUCCGAAGCCUCACACCAGUGACCUCAAGAUGGCUAUUGUGGGAAGCUGACUGACUGAAGAAAGCGGACAUGGGCGCGUUGAGAGCAUGCGGCUGGCCUCGUUGCCUGCAGCGAGAGCUGGCUAGGAGUCCUGGAGUGACAGGCUGACUGGUUGUCCCUUCCCUUAAAAGGAGCAGCACAUGGUGGGCCCCAGUCUUGUCCCUUACAACCAUUGCAGGCUCGAUGGCAGCGCUGAAAUGGGAUCCUCUUCUGACGCAGCGACUGGCUCUCAAACUACAGGCUGUCUAUAAUUAUCCUUUUUUUUUUUUUUUUUUUUUUUUUUCCUGGGGGAGGUAUCUUCGGAGCAGGGAACUGGGGAUGGGUGUGCAAGCAGCAGCAGCAGCCCUGCCACCUUACAUGUGUGGGGAGCUGAGUCACUUCCUAUCCUAUCAGUGCCUGCUGGAAGGACUCUGUGUUUGAACCCCUUUUGUGGUCAUGGGAGCACAGACAGCAGGGAGUGCAACUGGUAUGUUAAUAGAAAUGCCAUGAUGUGUGCCAGUUGGAUGCCACUCCCCUUCCUGACUUGGAGUUUGAUGUAUCCUGGAAGCUACAACUGACUUGAGCCACAAGUUCCCUCCUCCCCAAACCUAUAAAUUACUAUAAGUAGCUAAGCCUAUUAUUAGCUGUUCAUUUUGAACACUUGCAGUGUGGUAUUACUAGCAGAUGUCCUAAGCUGUGACUUUAACCUGUCAUCUCUCUUAAGCAUCCAGGUUUGAGAGGAGAAUAGUUGCUAAACUUGUGUAAGUGACAACUGCUGUCUCUCUCUUCCUCUCACCCCUCAGUUUCUCUGAAGCUCUAACUUAUUCCUGCUCACUGCGGCUCGUGCUUAUACCAGAUAACCGGAAACAUCGCUUAUCUGGAUGGCCCACAACUCCCAACUGGUUGGUUAAAAUAUUUUGUUAGGGGGACAGUCAGUGCUACCUCUUCUGCAGGUCACAGGGGUAUGCUCUGCUGGUACGGGGGAAAUGCAAAUGUCUUUUUAACAACAAGUGAGGUGCCACACACUGUCUCGCUCUGGACCAAAAUUACAACCAGCAACUGAAGCACUUAAGUGCCUUUUGACGUUUUGGAGAGUGAUUUAGCUUUUUUAAAAGGUGUUGUGUUUUUUUUUUUUUUUUUUUCCCAAGCCCCUUUUUAAACCUUUUGAAACUUGGGUGAUACAAGACUUUCAUCAUAGUUUAUGGGAGAAUACAUACUUUUCUGGUUGGGAAGCAAAAUUAUUUUGAAUUUUAGUUUUUCCCCUUAGUUGUGGUCUCUUUGUUUCAGUCCCAAACCAUACCUUUCCUUGAAACUCACGUGUCUAGUCAUUCCUGUCGGUCUUCUCAGCCAUUUUGAGCCAUUUUGUUUUACUCCCAUCUCACGUUUGGGUCUUGUUGUCGCUGGCAGCCAUGUUGACCUCAGUCAUGCCUGAAUGCCUUUUUUGAAAUCCAACUUUUGAUUGAUUCUGAUUUUAGGGUUAGACAUAUAUCUUAUAUACACCCUUCAUUUAAUGGACUGCCUAGCAUUGGAGCUCCACCUCCUCCAAAGCAGCCUGGCCACAUUUAUUUUGCCGACCAUUUUGUCCCCAUCCAAAGCAUUACCUGAAGUGCACUGACGAGCCAUACUUUCGCACAGUAGCUGGAGGUCACCCAGCAGAGACCCCAUACUAACAGAAGCACUUUAAAGAGGCCUUGUUUUACUCCAAACCCAGCCACCUGAUAGGAAUGCAAAUAAGCUAAUGUGGUCUAUUGCUGGAGGGAGUUGAGCUGGUUCUCAGGGACAUAAUGUGUUUGAGUGCUUUGUUUAGUCCCUUUUUUUUAUUUCGGGAGGGUAAAUUGGUUUAAUCUGCCCUUGACAUGGAGGAAUUCCCUCCUAAUACUCACCUUCAUUUUGUGUUUUGUCUCUAAUUGUAACUUUGACUCUCCUCUUCUUGCCUAAACUACAGGUUGUUAUUGGAGUAGAUCAUGCCUGAAGGUGGAAGUAGCCAGCAAACUUCAGCUUGCUACAGCCUGACAGCAGCGCUCGGUUUUAUCUGUGCAUCCAUUUGUUUUAAAACCUUAUCACUCAGUGGGUAGUCCCCUCUUAGUUUAGCGCUAACAGCUGGGUUUUUCAUCGAACUCCUAACCCUCAUACGAUCGGAUAGUGCUAAAAAUCUGUUUCAGGGAAUAGCGGCACAUAAUCUCAAUCAUUCCCCAGUUUGUGUAUCCCCUCUCUGAGGGAUGAUAAAUUGGUUUAUUAAAGCUUGGAGCCACAGUCAAAACCAGCAGCCCGGUAAGGCUGCUGCUCAGUCGCAGGUUGAAGACUGCUGAGCUUGAUAGCUCUGCUGAGCUAGUCCCUUCUUGGGCUUUUUGUUGACAUCUCCCACUAAAAGUAGCUUUGAGCGAGGUCAAAAGAGAAUGCAACAUACAAAAAAAAACUUGCAUUUUCUAGACAGUCGAUAGUGAGCGCAGCCUGGAUUGUAUAUCCCCUACUUUUUUUUUUUGUUUUUGUUUUUUGUUUCCACCCAACCUUAACAUGUUUACGGUUCUGACCUUUUUUCUGACAAUGAAUGUGUGCCUGUUAAUGAAAGCUUUACCUUCCCCAAUUAGGUGAGAGUGGGGUGCAGCAGGGCUCAUGCUAAAUCACUUUGUUCGCCAAGGGUUGAUGUAUGUAUGUAUGUAUGUCGAUCAUUUAGUCUUUGUGAAGGAUGUUGUGUUUAUAAAAAAAAAACAAGGAUGAAGUGUAUUUUGCCUUUUUCUUUUCUGGCCCCCACUUUUUCCCGCUGUAAACUACUUAUUCAUCCCAUUGCUUCUCUCCCUUACCUUGCCUUUUGGUUGUCCCACUUGUUUGGGCUUCUGUUUAUUAGUAUAGUAUAUUAUUAUUAUUUUUUUUUUUUUAUAUGACACCUGUAGUAAGUAUUCUUUGCUGGAGGGGGUGCAGAGCGAGCUGUGGAUUAAAUAUUUUGUGGUUGUCUAAAGUAAAAGUCUUACCAUAGGAAUGUGCUGGAGGCUCUCCUACACUUUCUAUAUCGGGAGUUGUAAAAAAAAAAAAAAAAAAAAAACAUUGCAGCGGAUUUGUGUUUAUGUUAAUGCGUGGAGGUGUGUGUGCUUGUUUGCAUGUGUGUAUGAAGGGAUGCCUGUUGCUAUAAAAGUUUAAAAAGUGGGGAAAAAUAUGAAAAUUGUCUAAAUAUAUAUAUUUUUUUGAAAUAGUAAAUGCAAGAGCUUUUUGUCAGCUUUGUGAAUGUGACGAUGAGUUUGAUGGUUACAACAAUUAUACUAUUUCAUUUUUCAAGACUUUUACCUCACUUGAGUUUUUCCUUUUGAAUGGAAAUGUACAUCAGGAAAAUGUUUGAAGAGGAAAUAAUGAAUAAAGAGUAUUAACUUCAA